AAGUAAAGUUGUAAGGAGUGGGUACUUGGUAACAACAAUCAACGUGAGGUUGCGUGACAGGGGAAUGGGUUCGAACAGGGCGGAGGUACGAGGUUCACAGAGAUUACAGGCUCUGAUUCACCAUCUCCACUCUUCUAUUCCCUCUGACUCUAACGAACCCAAUUCAAAAUUCACCGUUUGGAAGAAGAGAGCAGCAGUUCUGAUCUGCGUCUUCGAAGGCGCCGAUGGGAAUCUUCGAGUAUUUCUCACCCAGCGGGCUUCCUCUCUCUCAACCCACUCCGGUGAGGUUGCUUUGCCAGGUGGCAAGAGGGAAGAAGGUGAUGCUGACGAUGUACAAACAGCGCUGAGAGAGGCUAAGGAGGAAAUUGGCUUGGACCCUUCUCUUGUUUCUGUUAUCACUCUUCUCCCUCCCUUUCAUACUAAGUAUGGUGUUACAAUAAUACCUGUGGUUGGAGUACUGUUCGACAAGGAUGCAUUUUCACCUGUUUUAAAUUCAGCUGAAGUUGAAGCAAUAUUUGAUGUUCCAUUGGAGAUGUUCCUCAAGAACGAUAACAGAAGAGCCGAGGAAAGAGAGUGGAUGGGGGAGAAGCAUCUUGUACAUUAUUUUGAUUAUGAAGAUGGGAAUAAGAAGUAUGUGAUAUGGGCUAUAACUGCUGCAAUCUUAAUUCGGUCGGCUACUCUUUUACUUCAGCGGCCACCUGCAUUUCUAGAGCAGAGGCCCAAAAUAUGGGGAGGAAUGACUGAAAAUGACAUAUGAUAAUACAAGGAGUAGUUCCAAAUAAUGAUUUUGUCUUUUAAGAUUGUAUAAUAAUUUAACACAUGAAGCUGCAUUUUUUAGCAAUGAAGCAUAUAUUUGCUUCUAUGUUAGAUCCAAUGGGAUCUUCAUUAGAAGGAAUGAAUACUAACAAUAACACAUUUCGUGUGUUCGGAAACUUGUUAAUAACAUUCGUAUGUAAGAAAAUUGCGUCAAAAUCAGAGAAAGGCAGAAGCUACCGUGAGUUGUUUCUGCUGGAUGGUGUGAAGUUUUUGCUAAAUAGAAUUCAAACAUGCGGUUA